UGGAGGCGGAGCUUGCGCAGGUCGGUCCCUGAACCUGUUAGAUUGGCACGCGGGUUGGAACCAUGGCUGAUAGCGUCCGGAUUCCUCAGGCCCGGGCACUUCUUCAGCAGUGCCUGCACGCUCGCCUGCAAGUACGCCCAGCCGAGGGGGACACCGAGACCCAGUGGGUGGAGGUUCAGAGAGGAUUAGUCAUCUACGUGUGUUUUUUCAAGGGAGCUGAUAAAGAACUUCUUCCAAAAAUGGUUAAUACACUGUUAAACGUGAAAUUAAGUGAAACAGAAAAUGGCAAGCUCGUGUCUAUAUUGGAUCUACCUGGCAAUGUUCUUAUCAUUCCUCAAGCCACUCUUGGAGGGAGAGUAAAAGGAAGAAAUAUGCAGUAUCACUCUAACUCUGGAAAAGAAGAAGGGUUAGAACUUUAUUCCCAAUUUGUGACUCUGUGUGAAAAAGAAUUAGCUGCUAACAGCAAGUGUGCUGAAGCUGGGGUUGUGGUAGAACAUGGUACUUACGGAAACAGGCAGGUGUUGAAGCUGGACACCAAUGGACCAUACACACACCUCAUUGAGUUUUGAAAAAUUACGUUAGUUCCUACAGUUGUUUUCUGGCAUAAAAUGAUCUUGACAGUAAUUAGAUUUUCCUCCCCUUCUUGAAUAUACUAAUCUGCAGCAUUUUUAGACAAAAAAAUCCUGGGUCUCACCCAUAACUCUGCAGUCUGCUAUUCAGCAACCUUGCCAAGUCACCAAACUCUGGAUCUCAGUCACCUUUCGUUCUGCUUUCCUCUACACUUCCACUUGAAAGCUUGAAAAAUGCUUUCUAUUCACUUCAUAGUCAUUGUGGAAAUGUUCUUAGCUGCAUUUAAGUAGUUUGCAGUGAAGAAUAUUGUGCAAUAACAAUAUAUUUCUUCUAUCCUCAAAUGUAUGUAAUGUGUAAUAAAAAUAACUCUAUUAAAAUUAGGUAAAAUUUCACACAAACUAAUUACAAUUUUGUCAGUCUGGUUUACUAUUUCAGUUUUCUGUAUUUUGAACAAAAUCAUAUGUUAUCGACUAUUCCUUUUAAUAAUAAUAUCUAUGAAAAUGUAAUAUAGAAAUGUUAUUGUGCAUUAUGUUACUUUCCAAGGACAUCUAAGUGCUUUAAAUCAUUUUAAGAAU